AUGUCUCUUCUUGAGUUUCUUAUUGCUCAGGACGAACCAUUAACAACACAAAUUAUCUGUGAGAAAUAUGGAAAGCCAGAGGAAACCAUAUUACCAGAAAUAGAAAAAUUAUUAAGUGAAAAUCAAAUUCAUAAACGAGAUUUUCAAGAUAAAGACGGAAAAACAGUUUCAGUAUAUUGGUCUGCAAGAUUAAUACCUUUUGUUGAAUCCAAACCCAUUGUUACAUCACCAUUUUCUGAUCCAUUUGAUCAUUCAAAGGCUUUAGAACGAUUAAAUGACGCACAACUCGCGCAAGAGAAAAUAUGGCUUCAAACUCACUUGAGAAAACUUAAUUCAGAAUACGAAAACCUUGCUCAUCGCUCAAAACACAAAUUUUCACCUGAAGAUGAGAAAGAAUUGGACGAUGUUACAAUCAAAUGGGUAAAUGCUUGCCAGGAAAUGCUUUACGAGCUCAAAAGUAAACUACGCCAAAAAGGUACUGAAAUGUCAAUGACUGAUUUAAUUAAGAACUUACAGAUAGAUCCAAGGCUCGUUUAUUGGAAUCCUGAUGAAGAAGACUUCGAAACACCUAAGUAA